AUAAACUCAGUGUGUCUAUUACUGCGAUCAGCUCUAGAACGUACAUCAACGAUCAUUGUUAAAUGGGGAAUACAGUUUUAAUUAUAUUAAUUGUAAUAUUUUGUACAAAGCUUAGCAAUUGUGCAAAAGUAGAAACUAAAUACGAACCAAAUUGGUCAAGUCUGGAUAAACGACCACUGCCCAGUUGGUAUGAUGAAGCUAAAGUGGGUAUAUUCAUACACUGGGGUGUAUAUUCUGUUCCCAGUAUGGGUUCUGAGUGGUUUUGGAAAUAUUGGAAAUAUUUUAAAAAUACAAAUUACGUUGAUUUUAUGGAGAAGAAUUAUAAACCUAACUUUUCUUAUCAGGAAUUUGCUCAAGAUUUCACAGCUGAGUUAUUUGAUGCCACUCAAUGGUCUCUGUUAUUUAAAGACAGUGGGGCAAGAUAUGUGGUCCUAACUAGUAAACACCAUGAGGGUUAUUGCCUUUGGCCUUCAGAACAAUCAUUCGGUUGGAAUUCUAUGGAUGUUGGACCCAAACGGGACAUAAUAAGAGAACUAUCAUCUGCUUUGCGCAAUAAUACCGAUUUAAAAUUUGGUUUAUAUUAUUCCUUGUUCGAGUGGUUUAAUCGCAUGUAUAUCGAUGAUAAAUUGCACUUAUUUUUAAAACAAAAUUAUGUAACGAAUAAAGUUAGACCCGAACAAAUGUAUUUAAUACAAGAAUAUUUGCCCGAAAUUUUAUGGUCCGAUGGUGAUGCGGAAGCACCCGCAAAGUAUUGGAAAUCAGAGGAAUUUAUAGCAUGGCUUUACAAUGACAGCCCUGUGCGUGAUACAAUCGUAACUAAUGAUCGCUGGGGUAUUGGAACUGCUUGCAUGCAUGGCGAUUUUUACAAUUGUCAAGAUCGUUUUAAUCCAGGUGUAUUACAGCCUCAUAAAUGGGAAAACGCCUUCACUUUGGACAAAGCAAGUUGGGGUCAACGUUUUGAUUUGACUCUUAAGGAUUUCAUGACAAGUGAAGAAGUCAUACAUCAAGUAGUUACUACCGUCAGUUGUAAUGGCAAUGUUUUGAUCAAUGUGGGACCCACUAAAUAUGGUACCAUUUUACCCAUAUUUGAGGAGAGAUUACGUGACAUGGGUCAAUGGUUGAAAGUAAAUGGUGAAGCUAUUUAUGCCACUAAACCCUGGUUGUAUCAGAAUGAUAUCGUUACGCCCUCUGUAUGGUACACUAGUAAGGUAGAUGAGGGAAGGCAACUUAUAAAUAUCUAUGCCAUUGUUUUGGAAUAUCCCUACGAUACUAAUAGUUUAACUAUAUAUCCUUGGGGUAAUUCAACAAGUGAAUAUUUAAGUGUUCGUUUAGUAGGUCUAGAUUUAUUAAAUUCAGUAAGGGAACGUAAUAUCUAUUCGAUAGAAAUGUUGGGUAUGGAGUAUUCGCAAAUUAAGUGGGAUUUACAUGGUUUCGCUUUACAUGUGGUAUUUCCACCUAAAAAUCAUAUUGAUAAGAGAAGACUAAAACAUGCUUGGACCUUGAAAAUAGUUGUUAAUAGUGAAAUGUAAUUUGGUUAAAACUUUAUAAAUAAAAUACAUGUAAAAAUGUUUAUUAUA